AUGAGGGGAAUCACAUUAGCCCUCGUGUUCACGCUUGUGGCUAGCCAGAAGUUUGACAUCGAUCCUGGAUUUAGUAGCAAAAGGACUUAUGUUUACAGCUAUGAAGGCUUGAUAUUGAAUGGGCUUCAAGAAAGAAGCUUAGCCAGAGCUGGCUUGCGCUUGAGCUGCAAACUCGAGAUCAGUGGGCUAUCAGAUAACACCUAUCUCCUCAAGGUCCGAUCUCCACAAGUGGAAGAAUACAAUGGAAUCUGGCCCAAGGAUCCAUUCUUUCGCUCUUCCAAAAUCACCCAGCUGGUGUCUACAUGUUUCACCCGGCCCUUCAAGUUUGAGUACACUAGCGGGCGAGUUGGAAAUAUUUAUGCCCCCACAGACUGCCCUGUUACAUGUAUUAACAUGGUGAAGGGAAUGGUGAACCUGAUGCAGAUAACAAUUAAGAAAUCACAGAAUGCGUACGAGUUGCAAGAGGGUGGAAUCGGAGGUGUUUGCCAUACCAGGUAUGUUAUCCAGGAAGACAGGAAGAAUGGCAGAAUGUCUGUUACCAAAACCAUCGACCAUAGCAAUUGCCAAGAGAGUGUGAUGAAGAGCGUUGGAAUGGCUUAUCUCCGCCCUUGUCCUGAGGACAUGUUGAAGGGAAGGCCUGUAAAAGGGACUUCAGCUUUCUCCUACAAACUGAAGCAGUCGGACAGCGGUACCCUCAUAACAGAAGUGGCAUCGCAGCAGGUCUAUCAGAUCUCGCCCUUCAGCGAACCCACUGGCGUUGCUGUCAUGGAAGCAAGACAACAGCUCAUCUUGCUGGAAGUGAGAAGCGAACGAGCAAGUUCCCCAGAUAUUUCCAUGCAGAGCCACGGGAGCCUUCGUUACCAGUUCCCAACAGUGCUGUCACAGAUGCCACUUCAGCUGAUCAAGACAAAAAACCCCGAGCAACGGAUACUAGAAACACUGCAACACAUAGUCCCAAAUAACCAGCAAGAUUUCCAUGAUGAUGUCCCAUACAAAUUCUUAGAGCUCGUCCAGCUCUGCCGGCUUGUGAGCACUGAUACUCUUGAGUCUUUCUGGAAACAGUUUUCAGAUAAACCUCGUUACAGGCGAUGGCUGCUGAGUGCCAUUUCUGCAGCGGGCACAACAGAAGCACUCAAAUUUGUCAAGAACAGAAUUCGCAAUGAUGAGCUGAACAAUAUUCAGGCUUUUAUGGCUGUUUCUUUUACUCUUCAUUUAAUGAAUGUGGAUGAAGACAGUCUUCCAGUAGCAGCAGAUUUACUGACCAGUUCUCGAAUUCAGAGAAGUCCCAUGCUUCAGCAGGUUGCCUGCUUGGGAUACAGUUCUGUUGUAAAUAGAUACUGUUCUCAGAGCUCAACUUGUCCUAAAGAAGCUCUUCAGCCCCUCCAUGACCUCGCAGAUGACGCCAUCAGCAGGGGCCGUGAAGACAAGAUGAAGUUGGCUCUGAAGUGCCUUGGUAACGUGGGAGAGCCUGCAAGCAUAAAGCGCAUCCUGAAGUUUCUUCCAAUGUUUUCAUCGUCUGCUUCUGAUAUCCCAAUCCAUAUUCAGAUUGAUGCCAUAAUGGCCAUGAGAAAAAUAGCUUGGAAGGACCCCAAAACAGUGCAGGGCUAUCUCAUCCAGAUACUUGCAGACCCGUCUCUUCCCCCUGAAGUACGAAUGAUGGCUUGUGCUGUUAUCUUUGAGACAAGACCUGCCCUUCCUUUAAUAACAACCAUAGCUAAUGUGGCAAUGAAGGAGAGCAACUUGCAAGUGGCCAGUUUUGUAUAUUCCCAUAUGAAGGCUUUGUCCAAGAGCAGAUUACCAUAUAUGUACAACAUAUCCUCAGCUUGCAAUAUUGCUCUUAAGCUGCUGGCCCCCAAAUUGGACAGACUAAGCUAUCGAUACAGCAAGGUCAUUCGUGUUGGUGGUUACUUUGAUAACUAUAAAGUUGGCGUUGCUGGAGAUGUCUUUGUUAUGAACAGCCCAGGAACAAUGUUCCCAUCAACAAUAAUUUCCAAGUUGAUGGCAAACUACGCAGGUUCAUUGGCAGAUUUGUUGGAGUUUGGCGUGCGAGUGGAAGGUCUCACAGAUGCCAUAAUGAAACGAAAUAUCCCAUUCGCUGAAUAUCCCACAUACAAGAAGAUAAAGGAGCUUGGAAAAACACUGCUGGGAUGGAAAGAGCUGCCAACAGAAACCCCCUUGAUGUCAGGCUACUUGAAAAUACUUGGUCAAGAGCUGGCCUAUGUCAACAUCAACAAGGAAGUCCUGCAACAAGCUAUGAAGAUUAUGGUAGAGCCUGCUGAUAGGAACACAGUGCUGAAGAGAAUCGCCAGCCAAAUACGCAACGGCAUUGCAGGACAGUGGACACAACCAGUAUGGCUUGGAGAGCUUCGGUAUAGUGUCCCUAGCUGCAUUGGUCUGCCCUUGGAAUAUGGAUCCUACACUGCUGCUCUGGCACGAGCUGCAGUGAAUGUUGUUGGGAAGAUGACUCCCCCUUUAACUGGAGAUUUUAGACCUUCCCAGUUGCUUGAAUCCACCAUACAGGUCCAGUCUGACAUAACCCCAAGCUUAUAUGUGCAUACAGUGGCAACAAUGGGUGUCAAUACAGAAUACUUUCAACAUGCUAUUGAAAUUCAAGGCAAGGUCCAGGCAAGAGCUCCAAUGAAGUUUGAUGCCAAGAUAGACAUGAAAUCAAAAAAUAUUAAGAUUGAAACAACUCCAUGCCGUGAGGAAACUGAGCUAGUGACUGGAAGCCAUAAGGCUUUUGCUGUAUCAAGAAAUAUAGGAGAACUAGGUGUAGAAAAGAGGACUUCAAUUCUCCCAGCAGACGCUUCAUCAAAUAUUGUGGAAGAACCUUUCAAGCCAUCAGAGAAGACUUCCAGGGAAGCCGUCCCAAUGCAAGGGACUGACAGCRUGCCAAGGAAACACUCCUAUAGCUCUCAAGAGGAUCUUUACCAUGGCACAGGAAGAAAAACACAUAAGCGAGACAGCUGCAUCAAAGUUCAUCAUCUUGGUUGUCAGCUCUGCUUUUAUGGAAGGUCACGAGAUGCUAGCUUUAUAAAAAAUACCUAUUUGCACAAAUUAAUUGGAGAAAACGAAGCUAAAAUAGUUCUGAUGCCAGUUCAAACAGAUGCUGAUCUUGACAAAAUAGAGCUGGAGAUUCAGGCAGGAUCCAGAGCAGCUUCCAAAAUAAUUGAUGUGGUAAACUCGGGGUCUGAGGAAGAAGAUGCAUCAUCUCCAUAUGAGGACAUUCAAGCUAGACUAAAGAAGAUUCUAGGCAUUGAAAAAGUGUUCAAGGUUGCAAAUAAAACACGACACCAGAAGAGGUCUUCUAAGAAAGAAAACGCUAUGUUAACAGAUCUCAGGAUAGACCCUAGUGCAAAAACUCCCUCUGACUCAUCCUCUGCCUCCUCUGCUGUCUCCUCUUCUUCCUCAUCAUCAUCUUCCUCUCCUGAUCAUAAAAAGCGUAUGGAUGGAAAUGCAAAUGAUGAAAUAAAGCAAACUAGAAGCAAAGAUACAAGCAGCGAGAGCAGCAGUGGCAGCAAGAGCAGCAGUGGCAGCAAGAGCAGCAGUGGCAGUCGCAGCAGUGGCAGCAGCGGCACCAGCAGCAGCAGCAGCAGCAGUAGUAGGAGCAGUAGCAGCAGUAGCAGCAGCAGCAGCAGCAGCAGCAAAAGCAGCAGUCGUAGCAGCAGCAGCAGAAGCAGCAGCAGCCAAAGUAGUAGCAGUGGUAGCAGUAGCAGGAGCAGUGGCCAUGGCCACCAUAGCCACGGGCAUCACUCAGGACAUCUGAAUAGCAGCAGUAGCAGCAGCAGCAGCAGCAGCAGGUCAGCGAGUCACCACAGCCACGGGCAUCACUCAGGACAUGUGAAAGACGACAGCAGCAGCAGCAGCAGCAGCAGCAGCAGCAGCAGCAUGAAUUCCAAAACAUGGGAUGAUCAUGAGAUUUAUCGGCAUCGUUUUAGAUCAGCACACAGGCAAGAGUUCCCAAAAGAGAAAGGACCAGGUGACCGAGUUAGCAGCACCUACUCGUCCACGAGAUCCAGUUAUGGCACAUCCCGAGCUGCUUCCCGGCCCGAGUUUUUGGGAGACGUUAAAACACCAGUAUUGGCAGUUUUUCUUCACGGCGUUCGGAGCAGUAAGAAGACAGGUGGCCUCCAGCUUGUGGUGUACGCUGAUAUYUACUCCAUCAAGCCCAGGGUGCAGUUAUUUGUGUCAAACAUCACAGAUUCAAGCAAGUGGAAACUCUGUGCUGAUGCUUCAGUCCUCAAUGCUCACAAGGCAGCGGCUUAUCUGAAAUGGGGCCGGAAUUGCCAGGACUACAAAGUUUCCACUGAGCUGGUAACUGGGCGGUUUGCUGCUCACCCUGCUGUGCAGGUGAAACUGGAGUGGCCAAAAGUUCCAUCAAGUGUCAGAUCAGUAGYGGAAUGGUUUUACAAGUUUGUCCCUGGGGCUGCAUUUAUGAUGGGAUUCUCAGAAAGACUGGACAAGAACCCUUCUCGGCAAGCCAGGAUGAUCGUGGCUCUCACUUCUUCAAGGACGUGUGAUGUUGUUGUCAAGCUUCCUGAUAUGAUCCUCUAUGAAAAAGCCAUGAGACUUCCUCUGUCACUCCCUGUUGGUCCCAGGAUAUCGGCUUCCGAGCUGCAGCCUCCCAUCUGGAAUGUCUUUGCUGAAGGCCCCUCUGCAGUACUCGAGAAUUUGAAAGCUCGCUGCUCCGUUUCCCACAACAAGAUCACAACCUUUAAUGAGGUUCAGUUUAACUACACCAUGCCUACAAGCUGCUACCACAUCUUGGCCCAGGACUGCAGCUCAGACCUCAAGUUCUUGGUGAUGAUGAAGAAUGUGGAUGAAGCUAUGAACCUCAAAGCAAUCAACAUCAAGCUUGGCAGGCAUGAAAUCGAUAUGUAUCCUGCCGACGGGCUUGUGAAACUAGCUGUAGAUGGGGUCGAGAGCCCCACCACGAAUGUUUCCUACGCAUCUUCUCCUGGUGCUUCUCUGGAGAUCCACAGUGAAAAAGAAGGACUUGUACUUGUUGCCCCAGCCUAUGGCAUUGAUAAAUUGUACUUUGAUGGACGCGCAUUCCAGAUACAAGUGGCUUUAUGGAUGGCAGGAAAAACAUGCGGCAUAUGUGGAAAAUAUGAUGCAGAAUGUGAACAGGAAUAUCGGAUGCCGAAUGGAUAUCUAGCUAAAGAUGCAGUGAGCUUUGCUCAUUCUUGGAUUUUGGAGGAAAAGCCUUGCGCAGGAGACUGUAAACUGCAACGUUCAUUUGUGAAGCUCGAGAAGACAGUUCAGCUUGCAGGUGUAGAGUCAAAAUGCUUUUCUACGGAGCCCGUGCUACGCUGUGUAAAAGGAUGUUCAGUCACCAAGACUACUCCAGUAACUGUUGGUUUCCACUGUCUCCCAGCUGAUUCAACUACCACCAUGACUGAAAAACAGAUGAAGUUUGACCAGAAGUCAGAAGAUAUGCAGGACACUGUUGAUGCACACAUAGCUUGUUCUUGUGAGAAGGAAGACUGCAGAAGCUGAAGCUGUUCCUUGUAGCCCAGAAGAAAACACAGAAACAUUUUACUCUUUUUAUUGUGUGAUACAAGAAGACUCAUCUUCAGCAAUGAC